CGAUCAUUCUUCGAAAUACAGGCGGAAAACCCUACGCUGUGCCCAUGCGAUUGACCCUUUGCACUACUGUUAACACGGUUCCGCGGGUUUCAUCGAUGAUGGCAGGGACUCUCCGCAUGAUCUCCUGGGAUGAAUCCGCAGACGAAAGGUCAUCAACGAAUGAUGCGGACAGCAGUGACGAAGAUGAUCCGGAGAUCUUGAAAUUAGUGCGACAGCGCGUUUACUACCCGCCGUCCAAAACGAUAGCAAGAACAAUGCAGCUGGCCAACCGAAACAUUCAAAGAACCAAGGCAAUGAUCUUGGGUGAGCCCCUCGUGCAGAUUUCGAGGAUGGUCGAUUCUUUGGAACCCCCUCAAACCCUGUACGAAGGAACCACCCCCCUCCUCGCCCGAUACAGCGACAAGAAGCAUUACUAUGAUAUUACGGAUCUACCCAAGUCCUUACUAACCUCGACCAAAGAAGUGAGAUUGUUACGCUUGGGGGCGGAAGCAAGCUCUCUGGAACCCCCUGGGCGUUUUGAAGCAGAAACAGACGUACUGGGGAUAAAGAUCGCAACUAAAGAAGUGCCAUGGCAGGAUGUUUGUGAUGGGAUUACCCCGGAAGAACACAUGGCGAUCCGAGAAGAAGAUGCUCAGAUGAUGGCCACGGUGUUCUCCUGGCGAUCGGGUCAUUCAUUCAUCUCGGCGCCUCCACCUGAUUUGACAAAACAGGCGAAUACAAAACAGAUUGACGUUCGGAUCUGGGAUCAGCUUUAUGAAUUGCACGUUUCGCAAUAUGUACCGGAUGCAAUCCGCCAGUGGGUUCGAUGUCCGAUGGGGAUUUGCAAUGCGCCUUCCACAUUUCAGCGAGCGAUGAACAUGACAUUCAAGAACUUCGUCAACAAGACACGGCUGACGCAAGGAAUGAUUAACUUCUACGUGAUUAUUUACAUGGAUGACAUUCUGGUCUAUUCGGAAACCUAUCACGGACACGUGCAACACAUCGAAUGGACAUUGGGUGCAUUAAGAGACGCUGGGUUCAAAAUUGCGCUUGAGAAGAGCGAAUUUUUCCUCUCGGAAAUUUCGUUUUUGGGUUACGUCGUGACACGUGGAGGACUGCGGCCAGAUUCGAGAAAAGCCGCGGCGGUGAAGGAAGCCCCGGUUCCCACGUCACUGACGCAGGUUCGAGCCUUCUUGGGGCUGGCGCCAUACUAUCGGCGCUUCAUCAAGGGCUUUGUUGUGAUUGCACGACCGCUAACGAAUCUAUUACGGAAGGACCAGCCACUCAAUUGGGACGCGGAGUGCCAGCACGCCUUUGCGACCCUCAAAGACACUCUGGCAACAGCCCCUAUUUUAAUUCGGCCGGACUCCGCGAAGCAGUUCAUUCUCAUCAUGGACUGGCAACCGGAAGCUAUUUCCGCUAUUUUAGCACAGAAGGGGAACAAAGGGCUUGAACACGUCAUCGAGUUCGCGUCUCGAACCGUGCCAGACCAACGUAGAAACGAUUCCGCAUCUCAAGGCGAGUGCUAUGCGGUAGUUUGGGGAAUCCAGCACUUCCAUCCGUAUCUCUACGGACAGAAGUUUCGUCUCGUAACGGAUCACGAGCCUCUAUUGGCACUGAAGAAACUCACCAACUACACGGGCAUGAUUGGCCGUUGGGCGGUGCGACUGCAAGAAUACGACUGCAAGAAUACGACUUCGAUAUCGUCCAUCGAAAGACAGAGCGACACGGCUUGGCGAACCAGCGUGGAGGGAGAACUCCUCGCGUUUCUGUUCGGCACAGUACGGCCCGGACAUAAGCAACUCAUCGCGCAAGAGCUCGCGAUCCCAGUAGCGCAGCUGGCGGACGAGCUCCCUCUCGACAUCAUCUCGCAAGACGGCGAGCAUCCGAUUCCUCAUGUACUUUCUCGCACGUUAACGCCGUAUCUCCAGUGGUCGGCUUGUGUGGAGGGAGCCGCAGAGCGCAUCCCGCCGUCGCAGCAGCAGUAUUUGGAUCCCCAGAUGGUUUGUCAUCCUGCCUUCUUCAGGCACCCAACGGCAGGCCAGCUUGCUGCCAUUCGAGAGGAAGAGGAGGAGGAAGAAAGCACUGAGAGUGACGAAGGAGAAGACGAGCGGGAAGAAAGUGGGGAAAGCGACGAAGUACUCGAAGAAGAGGACGAAACCCCUGAAGAAGGAAGCUAUAGCGAGCAUAGCGAGGGGGAGCAGAGCGAAGAAGAAGAAGAAGAAGACGAAGGAGAAGAGGAGAACGAAGCAGGACCUAUGAAAUCGGAGUGGGAAACUGCGCCGGAAGAAGCGCUGCGCACGGGCACGGAGGCUGAAGAUCCGGAGGCGGCCCGCAAAAGAAAAGAAACCGCAGCCGGGAAAAGGGAACUAGAGGUUGCGAACGGGGCAAGCUUACACGUCCACGACGAUCCAAACCAAGAUCCAGAGCCGCCCCGACCAGAACAUGGCGACCUCACGGCCACGACUCCGACCCCAUCAAUGCGGCGACGGAGCCGAUCCCCCUCCUCCCCAACCCGUCCCCCAGUUCGCCGACGCACCGAUACGGGCGAUCGGCCUUCGUCCCCGAUUACUCUCCCGCCGUCCUCUUGACUACCUCACCCUCCGCCAGCUCACCACCCCCAUC